UACAGUCAGUCUGUUUCUCACCUGCAUCGCUAAUGGACGUUCCAUAUCCGAACAUAAAUAUAUUGUUAUUCCGGAACGGUUAAUUAUAUUGUUUGAAUUUGAAGAGAAAAAAAACGAGAGUGAUCCGUUAUAAGGUAAAACGAAAAAAAAUUAAUUUGUUGAAGUGAGAUAAGACAAUAAAUGUAAAAAAAAAUAAUUUCUGAUCGAUAUGAGUUAAUCGGUUCGAUCAUUUUCGGUGAUCCAAUAACAUUUUUUUUUAUCAAAGAGAUUAGCACAUCCAAGUCUAAUAAAUAUAAACAAUUUAUCGGCUCUGGUGUAAGAAAGUGUGACGAGAUUUUUGGAUGAAGAAAAACUCUACUUUUUUCACCGAAUAAAGUCAGUUUUUGCAAUAAUUUUGGUUUAUAUGUUAAAAUUUUAUUGUUUUUUUUUGGUUCGUUGUUCGUUCGUUUAAUUUAAUUUUUAAUUUUAUAUUUGGUUUCGCUUCAUAAGAGAAAGUGUAUGUCAUAAUGCGAAUUUUCCUAAAACUAUUGGCAUGCUUACAAACAUGUCUAGCAGCUGAUAUUCUGAUGAUGACAAUGGGCGGAACAAAGUCACACAAAAUACCCUUUUUGGAAUUAGCACGAGGUCUCAUACCAAGGGGUCACAAUAUUACAUUCUUGAGUGGUUUUAUUGCCGAUGUAAAUGAAAUUGGAUUGCAUGAAGUAACACCAACCGGAUUAGUUAAUUACAUUCAGAAUUUCACGAAUUGGGAUUUAGUUGGUGCCCGGAUGAGAGGCGAUUUGCCGGUUUCCGUCUGGGAUGUGAUGAGAUAUCCGAUUGAGGCAUGUGAUGCAAUGUUCGAGGAUGGUGAAACAAAAGAGCUGCUCAAUCAAAGAUUUGAUUUGCUGAUUUUGGACGGCGCAUUUCCCGAAUGUUCAAUGGGCAUGGUGCACAAAUAUCAGGUUCCAUUCAUGUACAUCAAUACGGUCGCAUUUUACACAACGAGCUUAUCGUUGGCUGGAAAUCCGGCACCAUAUUCAGUGACUCCGGUAUUUUACAGUUCAUUUACCGACAAUAUGACGAUGAUGCAAAGAGCAGCGAAUACAGUCAUGUAUGGAUUUAUGAAUAUUUGUCAUGCGAUCAGUAUAUCUCUACUGCAACAAGUCCUGAAAAAACAUGUUGGUGAACUUCCACCGGUCUACGAAAUGUCGAAGAAUGUUAGCUUUAUACUACAGAAUGGAAACGCGGUACUAACACAUUCACGACCGUUCUUACCGAAUGUGGCAGAAAUUGCGUGCAUUCACUGCAAACCAGCAUCACCAUUACCAAAAGAUUUAGAAGACUUUAUAUCUGCUGCUGGAGAUGCGGGCUUCAUAUACGUAUCAAUGGGAAGCAGUGUGAAAGCAAUCAAUAUGCCAGAGCAUUUACGACAGUUGUUCAUAGAAACGUUUGCACAGCUACCCUAUCAAGUGUUGUGGAAAUGGGAGGGUGAUACGGUCGGCAUGGCAUCGGAUAUACCGUCGAAUGUAAAACUAAGUAGAUGGUUGCCACAGCAGGAUAUAUUAGGCCACCGCAAGUUAAGAGCAUUUGUUACACAUGGAGGUUUGUUAAGCUUGUUUGAGAGUGUUUACCAUGGAAUACCAGUGCUGUCAAUGCCGGUUUUCUGUGACCACGAUUCCAAUACAGCAAAAGCUGCCCAGGACGGAUAUGCUUUAAAACUGGAUCUGGAAACAUUAACGUCAGACGUUUUACUCAAAGGAAUCAUAAAAAUCAUCCAUGACCCGACAUUCCGACAAGCCGCUAAAAUUCGACAGAAGUUGCUGCUGGAUCAACGACAUUCUCCCAUUGAAACAGCAAUUUACUGGACAGAAUACGUAAUCCGUCAUAAAGGAGCUUACCAUUUACAAACUCCUGCUCGUCAUUUAAGCUUUCUUCAGUAUUACCUCAUCGACAUAAUUGGCAGUCUAAUUAUUUCGAUGUUCAUCGUGAUUCGUUUAAUUAAAUACCAGGCCAAGCGAUACAGUGCACAGUCGAAGCGGAUAAAGGAUAAAAUGAAUUAAAAAUGUUAUGUUCAACUCAUCGUGCCAUGGUAUUUCAGGGUACUUUCUGUGCAAUGCGGUUUUUUUUUUCUUAGAAGUUUCAUCGUUCAAUUUUUAUAUUUUUUUUUUAAAUUGGUACACCAACCAAAAGUGAUAAGGCACAUAAGUUUGUUGAUUUUGUUUUGUUGUUGUUUCCCUUUUCUUCAAAACAUUUUUAAAUUGUAAAUAGUAAAAACUAGGCCCCACCACUUGGGUGGGUCAUUUCCCUUGACUGACUAUCAAUACUUUCAAUAAUUCCAGUCCCAGUUGUCUUACCAUUUUUAAAAAAUCUGUUGUUUUGAAAAACACAAAAUUAUAGUCAGAUGAAAAAGCCUCUUAGUCUCUUUGCUACAUCAUCACAACGCUUUUAAAAUGGCAUAUUUCUUGCCUACCUCUUGAAUAAAUUAAACUCGUGUGAAUUACGGCCCUCGCUUCGCUCUGGCCGCAAAGUUCACACUCGUUCAAAUAUUCAUAAGCCUAAGCAUGGAAAAUAGGAAAUUAUAACACGAUGUGAUCAGGAGAGGCAUUUUUGAGUAUGUUAUACAACUGAGAAGAAUACAAACAAACAAUACUUACAACGAUUGAAUAUUGUCUCCUAAAAAGCGCAAUGAGUGGAAGGUCUAGCGAAGUACGUUUAACUCCUGAUAUGAGUCUCCUAUAUAGUCUACUAAAGGCGCUGAAAAGGUGGCGUAUUUCUUGCCUACCUCUAAAAAA